GAUGCGGCGGCGGGGGGAGCGGGGAGAGCGGGGAGAUGGGGGGCGGGAUGGCGGCAGCGGUGGCGACAGCGGCCGGGGAAAAGGCAAGAACGGCUCCGGUCGGCGGGAGAGGGGCCGGCUGGCAUGGUGGUCCCUGCUGCGUACCCUCCUCCUGGGGCUGCUCCUCAUCUACACCUCCGUGCCCUUCCUCGUCCGCCUCUUCCCUGCCCUGCUGACCAAAGCUGUCUUCCUGAAUUUCCUGACCAUCCCCUUCCUCACUGACCUUCGGCGCCCGGAGCUGCUGCUGAACAACACCAUCAGCCUCUACCUCCCCACCGAGCCUGGAGUCACCGUGGGCAUCUGGCACACGGUACCGGGCAGCAGAGGGGCUGAGGCACAGGGCAAGGACCAGCGCUGGUAUGAGGAGGCACUUGGUGACACUCACCCCAUCAUCAUCUACCUGCAUGGCAAUGGGGGGACCAGGGCUGCAAGCCACCGCAUCCAGUUCUUGAAGGCAAUGGGAGCUGCUGACUUCCACAUCUUGGCUCUGGACUACAGAGGCUAUGGGGACUCCAGUGGGCACCCCACAGAGAGGGGCUUAACCACGGAUGCCCUGGCCCUCUAUGACUGGGCCAAAGCAAGGAGUGGGAACAGCAGCAUCCUCUUCUGGGGACACUCCUUGGGGACAGGGGUUGCCACCAACACAGCGAGGAAACUGCAGGAGGAGAGAGGGGUCCAGGUUGGUGCUGUCAUCCUGGAGUCACCCUACACCAACAUCCGUGAAGCAGCUGCCAACAUCCCUGUGGCCCUGAUCUACCGCCAGUUCCCAGGUUUUGAGUACCUCUUCUUGGACUCACUGGCCCUGAACAACAUGUUCUUCAGCAGUGAUGAGAAUGUGAAGGUCCUGGCCUGUCCACUCCUCCUCCUGCAUGCAGAAGAUGACACUGUGGUGCCUCUGCACCUGGGACGCAAGAUCUUCGAGAUGGCACGCAGUGCCUACAGGGACAAAACCAAGGUGAAGAUGAUCACCUUCCCAGAAAAGCUGGGUCUGGGCCAUGUAAUAUCCUUAACCCCAGAGCUGCCUGCCCUGGUGAAAGACUUCUUGAACAUCAAGUGAUGGCAGGCUUGGUGCACACUCCCCUCAUCCUCCCCCCCCACAAGCCAGGAACACCCCUGCAUGGCACUUGAGCUGCUG